UUUUGAGCAGUGUGUGUGUGUGUGUAUAUAUAUAUAUAUAUAUAUAUAUAUAUAUAUAUGCAUACAGUUGAAGUCGGAAGUUUACAUAUACCUUAGCCAAAUACAUUUAACCUCAGAAUAGUUAUAAUUAUUUAUUUCAGCUUUUGUUUCUUUCAUCACAUUCCCAGUGGGUCAGAAGUUUACAUACACUCAAUUAGUAUUUGGUAGCAUUGCCUUUAAAUUGUUUAACUUGGGUCAAAUGUUUCGGGUAGCCUUCCACAAGCUUCCCACAAUAAGUUGGGUGAAUUUUGUCCCAUUCCUCCUGACAGAGCUGGUGUAACAGAGUCAGGUUUGUAGGCCUCCUUGCAUGCACAUGCUUUUUCAGUUCAGCCCAUAAAUGGAUGGAUUUGGAUUGAGGUCAGGACUUUGUGAUGGCCACUCCAAUACCUUGACUUUGUUGUCCUUAAGCCAUUUUGCCACAACUUUGGAAGUAUGCUUGGGGUCAUUGUCCAUUUGGAAGACCCAUUUGCGACCAAGCUGUAACUUCCUGACUGAUGUCUUGAGAUGUUGCUUCAAUACAUCCACAUAAUUAUCCUUUCUCAUAACGCCAUCUAUUUUGUGAAGUGCACCAGUCCCUCCUGCAGCAAAGCACCCCCACAACAUGAUACUUCCACCCCCGUGCUUCACGGUUGGGAUGGUGUUCUUCGGCUUGCAAGCGUCCCCCUUUUCCUCCAAACAUAACGAUGGUCAUUAUGGCCAAACAGUUCUAUUUUUGUUUCAUCAGACCAGAGGGCAUUUAAAAAAAAAAAAAAAAGAUCUUUGUCCCCAUGUGCAGUUGCAAACCGUAGUCUGGCUUUUUUAUGGUGGUUUUGGAGCAGUGGCUUCUUCCUUGCUGAGCGUCAUUUCAGGUUAUGCCGAAAUAUAGGACUUGUUUUACUGUGGAUAUAGAUACUUUUGUACCUGUUUCCUCCAGCAUCUUCACAAGGUCCUUUGCUGUUGUUCUGGGAUUGAUUUGCACUUUUCGCACCAAAGUACGUUUAUCUCUAUGAGACAGUACGUGUCUCCUUCCUGAGCGGUAUGACGGCUGCGUGGUCCCAUGGUGUUUAUACUUGCGUACUAUUGUUUGUACAGUUGAACGUGGUACAUUCAGACGUUUGGAAACCAGACUUGUGGAGGUCUACAACUUUUUUUCUGAGUUCUUGGCUGAUAUCUUUUGAUUUUCCCAUGAUGUCAAGCAAAGAGGCACUGAGUUUGAAGGUAGGCCUUGAAAUACAUCCACAGGUACACCUCCAAUUGACUCAUGAUGUCAAUUAGACUAACAGAAGCUUCUAAAGCCAUGACAUCAUUUUCUGGAAUUUUCCAAGAUGUUUAAAGGCACAGUCAACUUAGUGUAUAAAAACUUCUGACCCACUGGAAUUGUGAUACAGUGAAAUAAUCUGUAUGUAAACAAUUGUUGGAAAAAUUACUUUUCAUGCACAAAGUCCUAACUGACUUACCAAAACUAUAGUUUGCUAACAAGAAAUUUGUGGAGUGUUUGAAAAACUAGUUUUAAUGACUCCAACCUAAGUGUAUGUAAACUUCUGACUUCAACUGUAUAUUUAUAUACACACACACACACAUCUAUAUAACGCAACAAAGGGGGUGCCAGUCCUGCUGCUGCAAAACAGGAAGAGAGAGGGACCAAUGACGGGACAGGAUUCUGUGGACUGACACAUUAACAGCAUACCGUAUACCAUACAACACCGACUCACGCUCCCCAAUGCUCUUACGUUUGACAAUUUCUUUUGAGAAUGUCAUGUGAACUAGUCUAAUUUGAUAUUUGCCUUUAUGGGGAAUUAUGUGCUGAUUGAAGGUUGAACCACUGACCAACUAAAGCAGAAGAUUAUACUGUCUGCUCUCCUGCCCCUGUCCAGCGAUACACACACACACACACACACACACACACACACACACACACACACAAAACUGUAGUUUCCUCAAGAGUCUAGAAAGUUUGAUGAUUGAUCAAUGAGGAGGGAAAAAAGGUGAGGGAGAGAGUGAUGCAGAGGUUGGUGAGAUAAGUGUUGUGAGGGGAGGGAAAGGAAUAGAUAGGGGUGUGUUGUCCUAUCUGUGGACUGUACAGUCACUGUAGUCGUGCAACUCUAUUAAUUAUGUUGUGCAUAAUUGUGUGUGUGUAGGGGUGUGUGUGCCGUGUUGAUCCAGUGUGCAUGAGUGUGAGCAAAUGUCUGCCUCCCCGCUUGUUGAGUGCACUUAUAUCGGACCUUCAUCACUUUCUCCUACCAAACAAACAGACCCCUUUUUAAACACGGAUCCCGUCUCUCCAUUGGACACUCUUCGUCCUCCCCUACAUACAGUACAUAUACUGAGUACUCCACUUAAAUGUUCUCCGCUCACAACACACAAGAACUACAAUAGUCCACUAACCUCCAUAUUUCCUGGAUUGACUGACAAGUUCUAACCAUUGACUAGAUGAACUCAUUCGUAUGAUCUAUAAACCAGUAGAACAAACUACACACCGUACUGCUCUUAACCAGUGCUUGUCAACAAGCAACCUGAGUCCUAUCACCCAACCGGGUGCCUGCCUAGAACGAGACUGGGAGGGGUAGUCAGUGAUGUCAUAAAGAUUAUUCAGGAAGUGUAUUUGCAGUUGGAGAGAGAUGGAAUUGAACUUUUCUCUGUGAAUGGAACUGAGACUGCGUCUGAAAUUACUAAAUGAAAAUAGAUGGAGAUCAGAGAAUAGGGUACCAUUUAGGAUGGAUGAAACGAUUGGAGCAGCUGGCUCCCAUGUGUACUUCCUGCUUCCUUAUGACAUCACCUCUGUCCAAUCCCUCUUCGUGUCACUAGGUGCCUGCAGACAUGUAGCAUGUGUGUGUUUUUGGGGUACGGGGUGGGGUGGGUGGUUUUUGGGAGAUUAUGAAAUACUGUGAGUGUGACGCUGUGAGAUAAUACUCUGGGUAUAAGUUGGCCAUUAGAUAAAGAUCUAGGAUCAGCUUACCCUCAGUGGGUCCUUAAUUUAACCAUUAUGGGCUGAAGAUGCAAGACUGACUUCGGAUCAGUGUCUAGGGUUGACUUCAUCCUACGGUCAAGGGAACUGUCUGAGAGUAUGUUUGUCACUGACAAAGAGGAGGAUAGUUGGAGCAGGGAUGAAAUGUACAUUGUUUCUUUUUUGUACCUUGUUUUAAUUUAUUAAAUAUAUCUGAGAUGGCAAGUCACGUGUGUGUGUGUGUGUGCGCGCGCGCCCUACUGGCCAGCAAUGUCAGGUCUAUGCAGAAAAGAAAUCAGUAAUAUGGCACCAAGCUGUAUUCAUUAAUCAUUUUCAUGGGCUUCUUCCUAAUUUCACAAAGAAGGGAAUUACAAACGUUUAAAGGAAAAUAUACAAUCAGGAUCAUACCAAAAGUUUACAACAGAACCACGCAUGCGCCGUCUUCUCAUCGUCGGUGUGUGGUGGCGAGUUUGGUGCGUCCUCACACGUGGGGUGCUCUACAAUUUGUGGUCUCUGCUGAUCAGCCAUUCAGAAGAAUAGCUACUUUUGUACUUGGAAGUUAUGGCAGUAGUGAGGUUCUACAGUAAGGAGGCUGAGAGGGGGUGGGUCUUACAGACUGCUGCUCAGCUUCACCCCCAGCUGUCAAUCACCAGUGAGCUCUGCUACAAUGUCGAGCUGACAGGUGCUGAGUCUCUGAGUGUAGAGCAGAGGGAGGUGCUGCUGUGGCUGUUCCGCCCCACUCUGCAGACAGAACAGCUGUCUGACACACCAUACCUGACAGAGGGAGAGGGAGGAACACUAGUGGAGAUCGGACCUAGGUUGAACUUUUCAACAGCAUGGUCCACUAACGCUGUGUCCAUCUGUCAAAGUGCUGGACUGACCAACGUCACCAGAGUGGAGCUGUCCAGAAGACUGCUGAUACAACCCAAGGAUGGACAGAGUGAGACAGUGUUGGAUGGAGAGGUGGAGAGACUGGUCAGCAGUCUCUAUGACAGUAUGACUGAGUGUGUUUACACACAUCCCAUCUCCUCCUUCACUGUGGCAACCAAACCACAGGAAGUGUUUGAGGUAGACAUCCUGGAGAAAGGACGAGCUGCCCUGGAGACAGCUAACGAUGAGCUGGGUCUGGCCUUUGACUCGUGGGAUCUGGACUACUACACGUCGUUGUUCCAGAAAGUGAAGAGGAACCCUACCAGUGUGGAGUGUUUUGACCUCGCCCAGUCCAACAGUGAGCACAGUCGUCAUUGGUUCUUCCGGGGACGUAUGGUGAUUGACGGACAUGAGCAGAAGGACACUCUGUUCAGCCUCAUCAUGGACACCCAGCGUCAUAGCAACCAGAACAACGUAAUCCAGUUCUGUGACAACAGCAGUGGUAUAAAGGGGAUGGAGGUGGAGUGUGUGUACCCCAGAGACCCAUGCCAGGCCAGUUCCUACGAGCUGAGACGCUCUGAAAGACAUGUCAUCUUCACUGCUGAGACACACAACUUCCCUACUGGUGUAGCUCCGUUCAGUGGUGCCACCACGGGGACAGGAGGGCGUAUCAGAGAUGUGCAGAGUGCUGGGCAGGGCGGGCACGUCGUCGCUGGCACCGCCGGAUACUGCUUUGGCAACCUCCACAUACCUGGUUACAGCCUGCCAUGGGAGUGUAAGGGGGAGGGGUGGGAGUACCCCCCCAGCUUUGCCCCUCCCCUGCAGGUGGUCAUCGGAGCCAGUGAUGGAGCGUCGGACUACGGCAACAAGUUUGGAGAACCAAUCCUGGCAGGCUUUGCUCGGUCCUUCGGCAUGCGACUGGCCAGUGGGGAGAGGAGAGAGUGGAUCAAGCCAAUCAUGUUCAGUGGUGGGCUGGGCUCCAUCGAAGAUGCACAUGUGAAGAAGGAGCAGGCGGAGAAAGGAAUGGAGGUGGUGAAGAUCGGGGGUCCGGUAUACAGGAUCGGAGUGGGAGGAGGGGCUGCCUCCUCUAUCCAGGUGCAGGGUGAUAACUCCAGUGCCAGAGACCUUGGGGCGGUGCAGAGAGGAGAUGCUGAGAUGGAACAGAAGAUGAACCGGGCACUCAGGGCCUGUCUGGAGAGAGCGGGAGGAAAUCCCAUCUGUAGUAUACAUGACCAGGGGGCAGGGGGAAAUGGUAACGUGUUGAAGGAGCUGUGUGAGCCGGCGGGAGCUGUGAUCUACUGCAGCAGGUUUAAGAGAGGAGACCCCACCCUCAGUGUGUUGGAGCUAUGGGGGGCGGAGUACCAGGAGAGCAACGCCAUGCUCAUCCGCCAAACAGAUCGCUCCUUCCUGGAGAGGGUGUGUCAGAGGGAGAAGUGCCCCGUUGACUUUGUAGGAAACAUCACUGGAGAUGGAAAGAUAGUGCUUGUGGAUGAUGUGGGUGGUGGUAAAGGAGAGGACCAGACAGACAGAGGGCGCUGUCCUGUAGACCUCCAUCUUGACUGGGUGCUGGGGAAGAUGCCCCAGAAGGACUUUUUCAUGGAGAGGAUGACAACUGACCUCAAGCCUCUGUCUCUUCCCACUGGGCUGGGUGUAAGAGACGCUCUGGACAGAGUCCUACGCCUGCCCGCCGUCGCCUCCAAACGCUACCUAACUAACAAGGUGGACCGGUCUGUUACGGGUCUGGUUGCCCAGCAACAGUGUGUCGGUCCUCUCCACACCCCAUUGGCUGAUGUCGCUGUCGUCUCUCUGUCUCCAUUCGGCCUGAAGGGGGCGGCGACCGCAAUCGGGGAGCAACCAAUCAAAGGUCUCGUUUCACCGGGGGCGGGAGCUCGCAUGGCCGUGGGGGAAGCGCUGACCAAUCUGGUGUUUGCUGAAGUCACAGCCCUGAAGGAUGUCAAGUGCAGUGGUAACUGGAUGUGGGCGGCAAAGCUCCCUGGUGAAGGGGCAUGUCUCUGGGAGGCGUGUCAGGCCAUGUGUGAUGUCAUGGGUCAGCUGGGCGUGGCCAUUGACGGAGGGAAGGACUCACUGAGCAUGGCUGCUAGAGUUGGGACAGAGACUGUCAAAGCACCAGGUGCUCUGGUCAUCUCUGUGUAUGCUGUGUGUCCUGACAUCACGGCUACUGUUACCCCUGACCUGGAGAACCCUGACGGGCAAGGCGUGUUGCUGUGGGUUCCAGUGAGUCCAGGUCACUACAGACUGGGAGGGUCAGCUCUGGCCCAGUGUUACGGUCAGUUAGGUGACCAUUCACCUGACCUCGACCACCCGGAGCUACUGACUGCCUGCUUCAAUACCACACAGAUCCUGCUACAUGACCGCCUGCUGAGUGCAGGACAUGACAUCAGCGACGGAGGGCUCAUUUCCUGUCUGCUGGAGAUGGCGUUCGCAGGGAAUCGUGGGAUAGAGGUGGACCUGCCCUCUCUGGGUGCUGGAGUCCUGGAGGUGUUAUUCAGUGAGGAGUUGGGCUUGGUAGUGGAGGUGUGUGAGAGGGACAUAGAGAAUGUGUGUCAGAGGUACACUAACGCUGGACUACAGUGUCACCGCAUCGGCACCACCCAAGGCUUCGGACCAGAGUCCAUGGUCAAAGUUCAUGUGGACGGACAGGAAGUGCUGAGCGACCGUCUGCCCAGCCUCCGGGCGUUGUGGGAAGGCACCAGUUUCCAGCUUGAACGCCUGCAGGCCAAUCAGCUAUGUGUACAGCAGGAAGAGGAGGGGCUAGCCACACGCACACAGCCCUACUUCAAACUCACUUUUGACCCCAUGGAGAAACCCAGCAUUAACGGUCUUGGUGCAGGCCAGCCUCGCGUGGCUGUGGUCAGAGAGGAGGGCAGCAACGGAGACAGAGAGAUGGCCGUCUCUCUCUACAUGGCUGGCUUUGAGGUAUGGGAUGUGACCAUGCAGGACCUGUGUUCAGGCUCUUUAACUCUAGAGAUCUUCAAGGCUCUGGUGUUUGUAGGAGGAUUCAGCUACGCAGAUGUCCUGGGCUCAGCUAAAGGCUGGGCUGCCACAGUGACCUAUAACCCCCGGGCCAGGGCGGAGUUUGAGCAAUUCCGGCGUCGUGGCGAUACACUGAGUCUGGGUGUUUGCAACGGCUGUCAGCUCCUAGCCCUGCUGGGAUGGGUCGGAGAGGGGGAGGAGGGAGGAGGUGAGUCUGAUGUGGUCCUGACCCAUAACCAGUCUGGCAGGUUUGAGUCGCGGUUCGUCAGUGUAGGGAUCAAGGCCUCUCCUUCAGUCUGGCUCCGGGGCAUGGAGGGCUCUGCCCUGGGCGUCUGGGUGGCUCAUGGGGAAGGUCUGGUUCAGUUCCGUUCCCCCCAGGUUCAGCAGCGUAUCAUCUCCUCCUGCCUUGCCCCCCUCCGUUACCUGGAUGACACGGGGACACCCACUGAGGUGUACCCCCAGAACCCUAACGGCUCUCCCCAGGGCCUGGCGGGGCUGAGCUCCAGGGAUGGGCGCCACCUGGCCAUGAUGCCCCACCCGGAGCGCUGUACCUUUGGCUGGCAGUGGCCAUGGGCCCCCAGGGAGCUCCAGAGCUCCCUCAGCACCACCUCUCCGUGGCUACGCAUGUUUACUAAUGCUGCUGCCUGGUGUAGUCAUCAACCGUGAGGGAGCUAGCUAGACAACACAGCUCUUUCGCACUGUAGUCCAACUGUGGAAAUCAAAAUGUGGCUUGGAAGUCAGUUGCACUGCUAAAAUGGUCAGAAACAUUCCAAUUACUACAUGUUAUUCGCUGUUCUGUUUUAACUGAACACUGUUACUCUGCUGAAAUCAGUCUUUAUGUUAUUGGUACUUGUAAAUAGUAUUUUCUCAAACUGAAAAGUAUUUGCAUUCCAUGGUCAAAAGUACCAUUGUCAAAAGUAUCUGAUCAAUCACUUGAGCUGUCUUUAACAUUCCGAAGGUCACGCUACUACUAACAUAGUUUGAUUGGUUCUCUGUUUAUCACUGAUACUGUUCAAUUAUAUUGGAAGAUUUUGUAAUUUAAAGACAAAUUUCCAAACGGUAUAUAAACUGUUAUUUUUCUAUCAAACGGAGAAUGAAUUAAAUACAUUUCAAGAUG